AUGAACACAAUUUGCGAGAGGGAGGGAAACAAUGAAAGGCUGGCCAAACUGUACCGCACUAUUAGUGAACCCGAUUUCCUUGUGAACAACUUUGAAGACUCGCAAACAUUGAUUGAAUGCAAACCCGAAACGCCUGAGUCGAGUAUAUUCGUGAGGCCGGGCUUUGGAUCAGUUUCUUUCAGAGGAAGAUUCACUUCGGAAACACUUUUCUCCAAACAUAUGAGCGAUGAGAGCAGCGGUAGGAAAGAGAGUGACAGGAGUUCCGCGAGUUAUGCCGAUAGUAUCGGAAGCGCUGGAAGUCUUGCGCACAGAAAUGCGUUGACUUUAGGAAUAGCUUGGGAUGAAGAGGACGACGAAGACGUGGAUAACUCCAAAACCAUUCCUAUUCUGUUCUUCCUUUACGCCCACGGAUUGAAAGACUAUUUCUCGUUAUUCGCGGCCGAAAAGAUAGAUUUGGAGGCUUUGAUGCUUUUGAGUGAACAGGACUUUAUAUCAUUGGGUUUACCGCUCGGUCCCAGACAGACUCAAGACUUUGAUUUACUCCUUAAUAUGUCUCCGCAAACGAAGAAUAAGUCCAAGAAUUCAAAGGACGACAACAAAGACAGCCGAAGACGCAGUUCCAGUGCCAGCAGUGGUUCGUCGCGCAGUAGAAGCGGUUCCAGAAGCAGUUCCAGUGGCUCUUCGCGCUCGUCGUCGAGCUCUGGGUCUUCGCGAUCGAGCGCUUCUCACUCUCGAUCGCGGUCUCCGUCGCGUUCGAGCAGUUCUUCGCGAUCGCGCGACUCAUCGCGUCGUCGCCGCCAACGGUCGGCGUCACCGAAACGGGCGGUCCGUAAGCCGUCUCCCACUCCGAAGCCGACGCGCAUACAUGUCGGGCGACUCACCAGAAAUGUCACCAAAGAUCACGUGAUGGAGAUCUUCAGCGUUUACGGAACCGUACGAAACGUGGAAAUGCCUUUCGAUCGCAUUCAUCCGCAUCUGAGCCGUGGCUUCGCUUACGUCGAGUUCGACAAACCCGAAGACGCGGACAAAGCCAUCAAAUACAUGGACGGCGGACAAGUGGACGGCCAAGAGGUGAGCGCCACUCCCGUUCUGGUGCCG